AUAUAUAGUAUUGAAGAUAGAUAGAUAUAUAAGGCUCAUGUUUAUUGGUCAUUAAAUUGAAGGCGUACUUAUAGUUUUAGUCAUAUCCGCCUCAAUCAAAGCAAUAGGUUGAUUCGUCUAUGAUAGAAGCUUCUUCUCUCCAUACGACACGUCUAACCUUUUUUUUUUUUUUGACAUUUUUUACUUUAACGACAGUCCACAAAAGAAAAAGCCAGAAUUCUAAAAAAUAAUUUUAUUAACUAAUUAAAAUAAACAAUAGGACAAUUUCGAGAAUUCUUUACCAGUUCGACAAUCUUGAUCGAAGAUACAAGUUUUAAUUUAUUUUACUAGUGGUAUCGUCAGCUUGUUGGAGGGUCCUUAACAAACGAACUAGUUUGGUAUUAUUAUUUGUUUGUUUGUGUGAGUUGAUCUUUAUUACUAUUUUUUGUUAAUAUAGGUUUAUAAAUAGCCAGUUUUUUAUUCAAUAUCUAGUUAUCAAAUAACAAAAAUAUAUUCAUAACAUGAGAGAUUAUAAAGUAGUUGUAUUGGGUACUGGUGGGGUUGGUAAAUCAUCAAUAACAGUACAAUUUGUACAAGGAGUAUAUGUUGAAAGUUAUGAUCCUACUAUUGAAGAUUCUUAUAGAAAACAAAUUGAAAUCGAUGGGAGAGCAUGUGAUCUAGAAAUCUUGGAUACUGCUGGUGUAGCUCAAUUCGUAGCAAUGAGAGAAUUAUAUAUAAAGAGUGGUAAAGGAUUUUUAUUAGUUUAUAGUGUAACUGAUGAAAAUUCUUUAAAGGAAUUAUUAGAAUUAAGAGAAUUAGUAUUAAGAAUUAAGGAUUCUACAAAUGUUCCUAUGGUAUUAGUAGGUAAUAAAUGUGAUUUAGAAGAUGAUAGAGUAUUAUCUAUUGAAGAUGGUGUUAAAGUAAGUCAAGAUUGGGGGUUAGUUCCUUUCUAUGAAACAAGUGCAAUGUAUAAAACUAAUGUUGAAGAAGCAUUUAUUGAUGUAGUAAGACAAAUAAUGAGAAAAGAAGCUGUAACUAAUGCUGAAAAGAAACAACAAAAGGAAUUACAGAAACAAAAAGAAUUAGAAUUAAAACAACAACAAAAUCAACUGCAAUCAUCUGGACAAUCAAAUGACCAUACACUAAGGAAUGAAAGUGAUACCAUUAUUAAUGCAAGAUUAAACCAAUCAUUGAAUGAUCCAUCUAAAACGGUAACAAAAAGCAGGUGUUGUACCAUCAUGUGACAACCAAACCAACAGAUUGUACAAUCAUAGUCCUUUAAGAAUUGUUUGAACAAUGGCUCAAAUAUCUCUUCUUCAAUGUAUCAUUAUAAUGAAAAUAUAUUAGGCUGUCUUUCAUAUACUUCCAUAAAAUUGAGAAGAGUUGAAACAUAUCUAUAUUUUAAGAUAUGAUAUGUGUGUAAUUUUAUAUCUUAGCUGGUCUAUUCUUAAUAUUUUAAUACUUCGCAUUUAUAGUGCAUCUCUUGGUAGUGUAUAUCCUGAUUCGUACAUUUAAUAUACCAUUUAUUUAUAUAAU